AUGUCGCGUUCAGGCAAGGGUCUAAGUCGCAUUCAUUUCGUCGGUAAAGAUUGGGAGACCACCCUUGUUCGCUGGGAAGCUCUGCGCGCUGCAGGCCCAGUGAGCGUUGAGCGUCUUCGUGAAUUUGUCGAUGAAUUCUUCGACCAACCUGAAGAUGAACUAGUAGGCUGUGAGCCGAUCGACUGGGAUCCAUCGGAUGACCUUUUCCAUUCCAUCAAGGACGAGAAAUAUCGCGCAUUUGCUGUAGCCCUACACCAGAAGUGGCCUACACUUUACAGAAAGGUUCUUUACAAAACUUUAAUCUACGUUCCUCUUGCCGCCACU